AUGACAGAAGCAUCAACGUCAGCAACAGUAGCAACAGCAGUCGUAUCAAGCAGCUCCGCAGGGCCCUCAUCCACCUUCAUCGAAUCCUCUUCGGCGUAUCAGGCUGGACGAUCGCAUAGCCACCGUGAAGACCAAGAAGACGAUGGGGAGGAUGACGACGAAGCACUCUUCGCAGAACUAGACAAGGAACUGGAUAUGAUGGAAGACAAAUCCAACUUUAACCACAACGGAGACUCAGUAGCCGACUUUGACAUGGCAGAGUUUCGAGAACGUCGAAUAGAGGAGUUACGGCAAGAAAUCGCCGCACAUAAAGAAUUCUCAAACCCCACCUCGGAAUUCUCUCUACAACAACACGCGAGCACAGCAUCAAUGAAGGGCCUACUAACCGACAUUACACACGAAAAAGACCUCAUCCAAUUCUCCUCCAACGAACGCCAGGUCGCUAUCCAUUUCUACCACCCCAAAUUCUCCCGUUGCGCCCUCCUCGAUCGCCAUCUCACCGUUCUCGCACGACUACAUCCCACAACGCUGUUCCUCAAAGCGAACGUUCUCAACUGCCCUUUCCUCACUGCGAAACUCAGGAUUACUGUACUACCCUGCUUGAUAACUUUCAAAGACGGGAUGAGCAAGGAUAAGAUUGUUGGUUUCGAAGAGCUGGGGAACUCGGAUAAGUUUUCCACGGGUGUGUUGGAAUGGAGGUUAGGUCAGAGCGGGAUUAUUGAUCCGAGAGAGAAUAGGAAGCCCAUCUUUGGGUUCGGUGGGGAUAAUAAUGCGAGUGGGGAGACGGUUGGGAAGGGAGUGGUGGGAGCGAGGAAGGAUGAGGAGGAUAAUUUUUGGGAUGACGAGUGA